UUCAUAUUUUAAGUAGUUAAGAGAAUUCUCCAAAAAUGUAAAUGAAAAUUGUUGCUUUGUUUUAUCGUAAGAAAAGUAAACUCCUGCCAAUAUUUACAGUGUUCCAGUCAGAGAUACGCAUUUUCCACUUUAAGCUGUUGAUAUGAAUAGGUAUUUUAAACUAAGUUAUAAGCUCAAAAAUUUAGUCAAAAUUAUGAUAAAAAAAUCACAAGUAAUCGAUUGUAUGAGGAGGUGGGAGCACAGUGCACCUCUGAACAGAAACAUCCUCCAGUGCAUAAAAUAAUGUUAGAACCCCCUCAAUCUCCUGCAACUAUAUCAUAAAAAUGUUGAAGCUUUUAUGAGUAGCUCAUAGUUGGAUGAUGAGAUUAAUAAAAAUGUACUAACAAAUUUAGAAGCGCCACCGCAAAACAGUUUUGUUACACCUAUGCCUGCUCUAGAAGUGAUGAAGAGUUUCUAACUUUAUGGCAAAGAGUCUCGAUUUAUGUCUCUUAUGACUCCUGUCAUUAAGUUUCUUUCUAAAUUUGAUGUACCUACAUUUUCUUGGAUGCUUGUUAGGUACAACCAUUGCAACGCAUCUAGCCCAUUCAAUUUAUCUUUUACCUAAAAGGUAUAUAAAUUGCAAUUUACAAGGUCAACUAUUACUUUGAAGCGAUCGAUGAAGAUGUUCAAUGAUUCAUGGAGACAUUAUUUUCCAUUUUUCCAGCAAGUGGCGCAUGAUGCGUGCAUGCCGGUCCGUUAAUUUAAAAAUCCGCGGUUUUCUUGGCAACGUUGCCAGUAUUAGCAACAAGUAGCAAUAAUAAAGCCCGCCAAAAAAAGUGAGGUUAGGUAUGUGUAAUUCAAGAAUUCCUGGAAUCAUUCACUCAUUCAGUCUUUUAUUUUAUUUUCGAGCUCCUGAAAUACUUUUUCCACUUUCAUGAAGACAGAUUAUGUAGUUGGAAGUGUCAGAAUUCAUCAGAGGCUUUUCUCAUUCAAGUGUUACAAGUUUCAGGUUAUUUCCUCCGCAUAAUUAGCCGAAGUGUCUGUCCGUUUGAGUCCAACGACCUUAUCUCUUUGUCCAGUGCAUGAGUUCAUCAUGACAAUUUCAGCAGUGAAUCUGUGAAUUAUUGAAUACGCAGUACGCAGUGCAACUCCGUAAACCGACCAUGAAAAGUCCGUCGGUUGAAAUCGGCGUCCAGCUUACAGACGUUUUUACGCAGAGUUUAUGUUCAGAAUUAAUCGUCGAAAUAGUGAAAUUCAUCAUCUACCAGAAACAAUUGAUUCCUUUUCCCCUUGAUCAUUUAAAACUCUGCAUUGCGAGACGAAAAAGCAUAGAGGACACAAGAAUUGACCAGACUUCCAGUAGAGACAACCAAACAGGAUCAACCUACCUUGUUGAGAAACACUUGAAAAAAACGGUCGAUUCAUUGGACUUACUUGACUCCAUGUUCAAAAGCAUUAUUUCUGAGAUUGAAUCCUGCGACUCAAACGAUCUUAAAGAAGUUCUGCUGGUGUUAGGAGCAACUAUUCUAAGUCCUCAAAACGUAUUCCGGAUAAAAAUCCCACAGAUAGAAAAACUGCAUUCAGAUAAAUAUCAUCCACCAAGAAAGCAACUUUUCAAUGUUCUCAGGUCACUGGUGGGCACUUCAAAUUUCGCAGAUCUUAUGUGUAAAGAAAUUAGCUCUAAAAAUUUAUUCAUUUUCUUGAAACUGAACGCAAGUUACUGCGUCAAGUCAAGUCAUCUCCUUCCGAAAGAGAACUUCAGCUUACCAUUGAGAGCUCAAGAGUCGAUCAUCAAUAUACUUACAUCAGAUGGAAGUUCUGCAGAUUGUUGUUGUUCGGGUAUAAAAAUUUUCAAUGACUCCAAUGUGGAGACUUCUCCUGCACGGGCAGGUAGUGAUAAUUCCGCCACCACUUUAGACAUCAGCAACGAAAGCCUGACGUCUUGGUAUCAAUUCAAAUCCCCCUUUGUGGGAUUCAAAGAUGAGAAAGUGAAUGGUGUGUCAAUCGUCAAUCUAUGGAUGAAAUCAUGAUAGCUUUCUCUCACCCCUUUUCAUGAUGCAGCAAAAAUAUAAAAAAAAAAAACGAAGUAGAUAUUAAGUCUGAAAUCAUUUUAGGAUCAUUUUGUUUUUAAAAUUUUUUGGGAUACUAGUCCCAAAUUUAAUACUUUUUAGUCAGACUAUAAAAGUGUCAAAUUUUUACUUUAAAUACCCAGCAGUUGGCUGUUAAGUUGUUUCAGGACUCGAAUCUAUUUGAACUAAAGAGCUCAAAUUAUUACGAAUUCAGAUCCAUUCCAAUUUUCAGUUCUGUUUGCGAUUAUGUUAGCUCCUUCAUGUUCAGAGCCACUCAUUUGAGCCAUUCAUCCUUCAUGCUUAUUUCAAUCGAUCAGGUUGAGCUCCUGCUCUGAAUAACUUGAUUUACUGCUGAAUUUAUUUUAUGAAAUGGUAUGUAUGAAAAAAUCACCAUUUAAAAACAGCUGCUUUAAGAAGGUACUGAUAAGUUGCUCAAUAUUUUACUUAAAAGCAUUUUCUUCAUUUAACAGCUUCGUUGAAGUCAAUGUAAAGCGUGACUGAAUUGAUGAGAAGUCCUUUUAGAUCAAUUAAAUUCGAAAAUUGUACAUUGAGGUCCAUCAUAUUUGAUAUGAUUUGUUACUAUUUUAGCUCAAAUUUUGUACAUAGUAAUUAUUCAAUGACUUUUUACAAUAUAGUUAUAGGAUUUUCUGAGCUGCAUAAUUGAAAAUUGCUUCGUCAGAUGAAAUAGGGCAUUUUAGAAUUAAACAUCCCUUUAUGAGAUUAAAGUGGCUUGUAAGCAAGCGGGAAUUUAUUUCAUACAAUGGUUUAACCCUUUAUGUACCUGCUCUUAUUAACUGUCUAAAGUCAGUCAAGCUCGAAUGCAUGAAAAUUAAAUCUUCACUCUUUCAUUGAUUUUUUUUUGUUUUAAGAUUUUUCUACUUAUACUUUCCCUAUCAGAGUUUAUCUGAAGCUCUUACAGCAUACUUUAUGAAGGAAUAUGCGCAGAACACCACCUCUCAGAAGCAGUCAUAAUUUAUUGACCUUAAGCAAUUUUUCAAAGACUCACAGACCUACCUUGUCGACUGGUGCUGCCUAGCUGUAAAAGGUUGUCAAGCCUUAACUAAACCUAGAAUCAAUAGACAUGCAUUAGUUUUCUGAAUGAAACGAUAAGUAUGAAAAAUCUCAGAAUUUAAAAAGUGGUCAAGGAUUAAUGCAAAAAAUCCCGCAUAUUCGGCAGUAGAUUUUAGACCAAACUAGCUGUAACCAUCAGUAGAUUUCACGGGUUGAUGGAUAUUAAUUUUCAUAAGUUUUCUAAUAAAACUAAAAUCAACUUGCUAGCUUCAUGUUUUAGUCUCUUUGGAAAUAAUUCAUACACUUUUUUUUUGUUGAUGGGUUUCAAGGCUUCCUUAGCACUCUCUUUUUAUUUUGUUGAUAGGUUUCAAGGCUUCCUUAGCACUCUCUUUUUAAUUACAUCUUUUUAAUUGUGUUUUACUGAUUUUUGACGCCCCGCUCUCUUCGAUAUCAGUGGAUUUUGUCUCUUCUCUCGGUAGAAUGACUUUCUUUUUAAGCUAGUUUUUAUUCUAAUAAUUGUUUUUUUAUGACUGUAGAGUAUUUUUACUUUUAUAGUUAGAAGAGUGCCAAACAAUCAUUGACCAUUAUUGAGACUUGAGCUUAAUCGACAUUAAAUCUCUGCGUACAUCUUAUAUAUUUAUAAUCCUUCAUUAAAUCAUGUCGUUUGAAUCAAAGGAAAUAAAUAAAACUGUGUACCUGCUCAAACGUU